CUUUUGGAUCUUUGACGGUCGCGAUUUGUUCGCUUCUGCUCCUUACUUUUCUUGACAUUGACAUUAUCAUUACUGUAUUAUACAUAGAAUUGGUCUGGCCUUUUCUAUUUUAUUUCUCUUUCUCUGUUCCUUUCGAUCGGUUGUUUGGCUAUCUAGCUUUCCGACGCCAUCCCCACCAUCCGAUUCCGCUCCGACCAUUGCGAACCCGAAUUUGACCGGAUUUGAUAUUCGAGUGUUGGAUUGAUAUUACUGUUGUUGUUGCUUCUAUUUGAUCAUCAUGGGUAUCACAAUUGUUCUGGGUAGUCAGUGGGGUGAUGAAGGAAAGGGCAAGAUCACCGAUAUGCUGUCGCAGGAGGCGACGCUGUGUGCUCGUGCUGCUGGCGGUCACAAUGCCGGCCACACCAUCGUCCACGGCAACAAGACCUACGACUUCCACAUCCUCCCCUCCGGCCUCGUCUCCCCGAACUGCGUGAAUCUCAUCGGCGCCGGCACCGUCGUCCACGUUCCCAGCUUCUUCAAGGAGCUGGCUUCCUUGGAGACCAAGGGUCUUGAGGGCGCCGCUAAGCGUGUCUUCAUCUCCGAUCGCGCCCACGUCUGCCUCAACCUGCACUCUGUGGUUGACGGCCUCGAGGAGGCCCGUCUGGGUGGCCGUAAGGUCGGCACCACUGGUAAGGGUAUCGGUCCCUGCUACAGCGAUAAGGCUGCGCGUCGCGGUAUUCGUGUCGGUGAGAUCCUGGAUGAGGCUGUCUUUGAGCGCAAGCUGCGCAAUCUGGAUGCUGGGUACCGUGCGCGCUUUGGCGAUCUGGAGUACAAUGUGGAGGAUGAGCUUGCGUUGUUCAAGGACUUCCGUGCCCGUCUGACCCCCCACAUCGUCGACCAACUCGCCUUCCUUCAGGAGUACAAAGACUCCCCCAACACCCUGGUCGAAGGCGCCAACGCGCUCAUGCUCGACCUCGACCACGGCACCUACCCCUUCGUGACGUCGUCGUCGACCGGCCUGGGCGGCGCCGUGCAGGCGCUGUCCCUCAACCCCACCAGCAUCUCGUCCAUCAUCGGCGUGGUUAAGGCGUACACGACGCGCGUCGGAUCCGGCCCCUUCCCCAGCGAACAGCUCAACGCCGACGGCGAGAAGCUGCAGUCCGUGGGCCGCGAAUUCGGCGUGACGACGGGCCGCAAGCGCCGCUGCGGCUGGUUCGACCUGGUCCUGUGCCGCUACUCGCAGGCCAUCAACCACUACACCGCGCUGAACCUCACCAAGCUCGACGUGCUGGAUGACUUUGACGAGAUCAAGGUCGGCGUCGCUUACAUCCUGCCCGACGGCACCCGCACGACCAACACCAUCCCCGCGGACUCGGACGUCCUCGACAAGGUCGAGGUCGAGUACGUUACUCUGCCCGGCUGGAAGUGCAACACCAUGGGAGUGAAGCGCUACGAGGAGCUGCCUGAGAAGGCCCGCGAGUACAUUGCUUUCAUCGAGAAGGGUCUGGGUGGUGUUCCCGUGAAGUGGAUCGGUACUGGGCCUGCCCGGGACGAUAUGAUUGCUCGGUCGAUAUAAUCUCUUUCAUCUCUCUUCAUCUUUUACAUUUCAUUUUUUCAUUUUUUUCAAUAUUUUUUUUCUUUGGUUUUGGCUUGGGUUGUCUAGAUGUGGGCCCGGGUUUAUAGAGUUAAGAGGUAGAUCUGGGAUUGUUCCAAGCAUGUUUUUUGGCUUUUGUUUUUAUAUCCUGAUGUAGCAUUGAAUGGAUUGCUU